AUGAGCCCACCCGCCGCCGUCUCCCCUCGCAAGGUCGCCGAGAUGGUGCCCCCGCCGGCCAAGUUGGCCGUCCCUACGGGCGACAGCAAGACGCGCCCGCACACGGCAACCAUCGACGAGAUGCUCGGCCAGUGGGAUGACUUCCGGUUCGCGCCCAUCCGCGAGAGCGAGGUGUCGCGGGCCAUGACGCGUCGCUACUUUGAGGAUCUCGACAACUACGCCGAGUCGGACAUGGUCAUCAUCGGGGCCGGAUCCUGCGGGCUCAGCGCCGCGUACGUGCUCGGCAAGACGAGGCCCGACCUGCGCAUCGCCAUCAUCGAGGCCUCGGUCUCGCCCGGUGGCGGCGCCUGGCUCGGCGGCCAGCUGUUCUCGGCCAUGGUGAUGCGGAAGCCGGCCGACGCCUUCCUGCGCGAGGUCGGCGUCCCGUACGAGGACGAGGGCAACUUUGUCGUGGUCAAGCACGCGGCCCUGUUCACGUCGACGCUGCUGGCCAAGGUGCUCGCCAUGCCCAACAUGAAGCUCUUCAACGCCACGUGCGUCGAGGACCUCAUCACGCGCCCCGCCGACGGCGGCGUCCGCAUCGCCGGUGUCGUCACCAACUGGACGCUCGUCUCGAUGCACCACGACGACCAGUCCUGCAUGGACCCCAACACCAUCAACGCGCCCCUCGUCAUCUCCACGACGGGCCACGACGGGCCGAUGGGUGCCUUUUCGGUCAAGCGCCUCGCGAGCAUGAAGCGCAUCGAGUCCCUCGGCGGCAUGCGCGGCCUCGACAUGAGCACGGCCGAGGACGCCAUCGUCAAGGGCACGCGUGAGAUUGUGCCCGGACUCAUCGUCGGUGGCAUGGAGCUGUCCGAGGUGGACGGUGCCAACCGCAUGGGACCAACUUUUGGUGCCAUGGCACUCAGCGGUCUCAAGGCAGCCGAAGAGGCGCUCAAGGUCUACGACGUGCGGCGCAAGCAGAACGACGCUUGA